AUGGGGAAAGUAGGGUAUCUAAGGGUUCAACUGGACGCGAGAGAGGGUGCCGAUAUCGAGGCUUUUCAGAAAUGGCGCGUCGAUGCUUUCGCGAAUAUCCCUGGUGCCACUUCAAAACUGAUUCUUACUGCAACCGAUGCACCUGAGGAAGGCAAACCUUAUCGCUCUGAAAAUGCAUAUGACCUCAGUGACGUUGACGCUGUCAACCUUCAACAUUUGGCCGCGGCAUGGAAGAAAACAAGUGCGCCAAUGGUAUCGUCGAUGGAUCUACUACUCUACGAAAGACUCAACUUUUCCUCCCAUCAAAAUAUAGUCGCACUUCCACCUAAGGACACUGUCGUCGUUGCCAACUCAUUGACUCCGGAGAAUGACCCCGCCGUCAUCCAAGACUACCAUGACUGGUAUGAACAGGAGCAUAUCCACAAGCUAAUGGCGAUCCCGGGGUACAGGCUAGGAGGCCGAUACAAAUUAAUUGGCUGCGUGGGCAGCAAUUUGGAGUACACUGGCCCAUUCCUGGCGGUGCAUCAGUACGAUAAAGAGAAUGGCUUGGGUGGAACGGAGUGGACGAAAUCAAUCAAGUCAGAUUGGACAAUGAAAAUCGAUCAACGAAUGGUUAAACGUCCACAUAGGAGAGUGUUCCAGGUUGACGACGCAUAUGUCUUGACAUAA